UGCCGUGAGCAUGUUCGUGUUGAAUAAGCUUCAGUGUUUGGCUUGGUUUGACAAGUUUCACUGGAUGAUCAUGGGGGUAGGAGUGAGUAGUUAGUUGAUACAUCAAUAAAAAGUUGAAGCUCACUUUGUGCGUUCAGAUACACUUAGGAUCUGACGCAUUGGCAAAUGUAGGGACGUGAGAAAUUACCGAUUUUUCCCCUCUGAGCGAUUUUACAGUCAGUCAAGUCUACAUUGGAAAGCCAGACAGAAGAGUAAAGAUGAACAGCCUAUCUUUUGACGAUCCUUCGUUGGAUAACCUGGAUCCAACACUGUCGCUUAAUGACCCCAGCGAUAUUGAUACGGCCCUCUUAAGCGACAUUGAUGACAUGCUGCAGCUCAUCAGCAACCAGGAGAUGGAGUUUGGAGGAUUGUUUGAUAACCCUCCUUACACUGUGCCACCUCCCACCCAAGAGCUUCCUGGUUUGACCCAGUCCAUCACCUCAGCUGCCCCUCCGACCACUACUACAACACCUCCAUCUACAUCUUCCUCUUCCAUCCUGAGCAGUAGCCCCCACCUGGAUGCACUUCUGGGCCCUCCCAUCACCCGUAGUUCCUCCAAGUCCUUCCAGCCUCCCACCUUCCAGCAAUCCCCCCUGGCCCAGGUGCCCAACUCCACCCAGAGACAGCAGCCUGCCUCCACGCAGCCGACUCAGAACCUCAGACAGCUCAAGGUGGAGCAGCCCCAACCUAUUCUCAGCCCAUCUGUUCCAACCCAGGCCGCUUCACCUCAGGGUUCACCAGGACCAAACCCAGCUUUCAGCACCGCGCCCCAGGCCCUCUUCACAUCACCAUCACCCCAGACUUCAACUCCAUCACAGCCACAGCCGCAGACACAGCUUCAGGCCCAAACUCAGCCUCAACAGGCACGGACCAACUUCAGCAGCCAGAACAGCUACACGGCUGGCAGUCCCGGGAGCGUGAGCCAACCUUCCACCAGCUUGUCAUCCUCACCUCCAAGUGUCCAGCCGGUGACCAUUCAGACUCCGAUCCAAGGGCUGACCACCACGUCUCCUCUGCUGGCCACGACAGCAAGCACCCCAGCCCAAACCAUCACAUCCCACGUACAGCAAGUACCUGUGUUGCUGCAGCCCCAGUUCAUCAAGGCUGAGUCUCUGCUGCUGACCACCCUGAAACAUGAUCCUUGCAUGGUGACUACUGUGGCCUCUCCCACAUCUCUGGCCACCACCAGCACCCCAGUACAGAGCACUUCGCUGCAGGCCUUUAUGGGCGGUGGCACCAUCCUGACCACAGUACCCGUCAUGGUGGACACUGACAAGUUGCCUAUCAAUCGCAUUGCCAUUAGCGGCAAGCCAGCUGGCCAACCGCACAAGGGAGAGAAGCGCACAGCCCACAAUGCCAUCGAGAAGCGCUACCGCUCCUCCAUUAACGACAAAAUCAUCGAGCUCAAAGAUCUGGUGGCUGGGACUGAGGCCAAGCUCAACAAGUCUGCAGUGCUGAGGAAAGCCAUCGACUACAUUCGUUACCUGCAGCAGACCAACCAGAAACUCAAACAGGAGAACAUGGCUCUUAAAAUGGCUGCCCAGAAAAACAAGUCUCUCAAGGACCUGGUUGCCAUGGAGGUAGAUGGACCAGCUGAUGUGAAGAACGAGCUACCCACCCCGCCAGCCUCUGAUGUGGGCUCCCCCACCUCUUUCUCACAGUGUGGCAGUGACUCAGAGCCUGACAGUCCAGUGGUGGAGGACACCAAACCGAAUAUGGGAAUGUUGAACAGAACAGCGGCAGGAAGUGGCGCUGCCGGCAUGUUGGACCGUUCCCGCAUGGCCUUGUGUGCCUUCACCUUCCUCUUCCUGUCACUGAAUCCUCUGGCCUCCCUGCUGUGCUCAUCUGGCAGCAGUUCCGUGGAAGGUGCUGCAGCCCGUACCUCCCAUCACGCAGGAAGGAGUGUCCUGGGUGUUGAUGUUGCAGCAGACUCGUGGGGCUGGAUGGACUGGAUGUUGCCAACGAUACUGGUGUGGCUCCUGAAUGGUAUUCUAGUCUCAGGUGUUCUGAUCCGGCUGUUGGUAUACGGAGAGCCUGUGACCAGACCGCACUCUGGAUCCUCUGUCUUGUUCUGGAGGCACCGCAAGCAGGCUGACCUGGACUUAGCGAGAGGAGAUUUUGCCCAGGCUAGUCAGAACCUGUGGACUUGUCUAAAGGCUCUUGGUCGGCCCUUACCCACCUCCCAGUUGGACCUGACCUGUGCUGCACUCUGGUCCCUGCUACGAUUCUGCCUCCAGCGCCUCUGGGUGGGCCGUUGGCUUGCCGCCCGUGCUGGAGGGCUGCGAACUGACCGCCCCCUACAGGAGGACGCCUGCAAGAGCAGCCGCGACGCAGCCCUGGUUUACCACCGCCUGCACCAGCUUCACAUGACAGGUAAACUGAAUGGUAGCCACCUGUCAGCAGUGCACAUGGCUCUAAGCGCGGUGAAUCUGGCAGAGUGUGCUGGCUCCUGCCUGCCUGUAGCCUCUCUGGCUGAGGUGUACGUGUCUGCAGCUCUGCGGGUCAAAGCCAGCCUGCCAAGGAUUCUGCAUUUUACCUCUCGUGUGUUCCUGAGCAGUGCCCGCCAGGCGUGCCUGUCCUCCAGUGGCAGUGUGCCUCCAGCUAUGCAGUGGCUCUGUCACCCUCUGGGUCAUCGCUUCUUUGUGGAUGGGGACUGGGCUAUUCGCAACACUCCUAAAGAAAGCAUCUACAGCCAGGCUGGAAAUACUGUGGAUCCUCUUGCUCAGGUGACUCAGGCGUUCAGGGAGCACCUCCUGGAGAAGGCUUUGUACUGUGUGGCCCAGCCUUGUGGAGAAAAAAACCCCAGCCAGGGCGAGGGGGAGUAUGCUGAUGCCCUGGAGUACCUCCAGCUGCUGAUUAGUGCAUCAGAUGCGGCAGGUGCCACCUCCCAGUCCUUUGCUAUUGGUUCCAACAUGGCUACAGUCACUGGCUGUGACCCCCACUCCAAGUGGUGGUCCUCGGUUGCCGUGGUGAUCAUUAACUGGCUCCAAGGAGAUGAUGCUGCAGCAGAGAGACUCUAUCCGACUGUUGAGCACUUGCCCCGCAGUCUGCAGAAUGCAGAGAGUCUCCUGCCCAAGGCGUGUCUGAACAUAUUCAGGGCUGUGCGGGCUCUGCUGUCCAAGCCAGAAAACUGCCAGCUGAGUCUGAGCUACAGUGACAAGGCCAGCGCCCUGCUCCGAGACAGCCUCAACCUAGGACCACACUGCCACAGCUCUAGUUUAGACAAGGUUGUCCAGUUGCUGUUGUGUGAUCUCCUGUUGGUGAUGAGGACCAAUGUGUGGCGUCUGCAGCAGCAAGGGGCUGGUCCUCUGGGAUCAGGACCGGCGAGUACCAGCGGCUCUUCGGGCGUCCACCAAGCCUCUCCACCGGAGCUCCAAGGCUUCCAGCAAGAUCUCAGCUCCCUGCGCAAGCUAGCACACAGCUUUAGGCCUGCGAUGCGAAGAUUGUUCCUUCAUGAAGCUACAGCCAGACUGAUGGCGGGGGCCAGUCCCACCCGCACGCAUCAGCUCCUGGAUCGUUCACUGCGACGUAGAGCAACGCCUGGAGCGAAGACAGAGGAGUGCGAGACGCGGCCAGGCCAGCGGGAACAGGCAGAGGCCGUGAUGCUGGCAUGCCGCUACCUUCCCCCCUCCUUCCUGUCCGCUCCUGGUCAAAGGGUGGGCAUGCUGGCAGACGCUGCUCGCACCCUGGAGAAGCUGGGAGACAAGAGGACCCUCCACGACUGCCAGCAAAUGAUCAUCAAGCUGGGCAGCGGCACCACCGUCACCAACAGCUAGAGAGAAGGGACAUUGAGGGGGAGAGGAGGGGCUAAGAGACAUGCAUGGACACUGUAUAUAGAAACAUCUCUGACAUAAAAAUGACACACACAGAUAGAAAAGGCACCCCGUGCAGACACACAACAAUGUACUCUCAGCAUUUUGGCGUGCAGCUAUUGAACAGAUCUGGUAAACUUCACAGAUUUAUAUCAAACUGUCAGGAUUUUCUUCAUGGAUUGUCCCUCCCCCCACCCCAACCCCACAUCAGGAGGCACUUAAAGAACUGAUAUGGUCACUGUGGAUAAUUAGCAGAAUAUGAGAAGCAUUUUUCUCUUACCAAACUGAAUCCCCCUUGCGAGAAUGCGUUGCAGUGCCACGGUUUGUCCACAGAGAGGAGCCAUCACGGUUCAGAGUGAAUGAUUUGAGUGUGAGAAGCAUGACAGAUUUUUUGCCCUGCGUUUAUUCAGUAAAGUCCCACCUCUCAGUCUUUUCAACAUCGAUGCACCUUCUACUGACAGGAUUGCUCAGUGGGUUUGGGUGGCGAGCUGCUCUGAAUGGCGGCAGAGUGAAGUGUCUCUGGAGAACAACCAGACUGGGAUUGGUUCGACCGCAGGCUUGUUCAGUGGGAAGCCACUAUGCAGGCUGUGCAAAUGGUUUUAAAGCUGAUUUGUAUCAUGUUUCAGUGGUGAUAAUCGGAGGUGAGGUGAGCCGCUCUGCAAGCUCUGUGUCUCUAUCUGCACUAGCCCUGCAAGGCUGAGAAGAGUAAUAUGGCUUUAUGAGGUUAUUUUCAUAGAGGUUGUUGUUUUGUUUUGCUGUGUACAUAUUUUGAAAUGUAUUUAUAAUCUGUAUCAACUUUGAUUAAGCAGUAUUUUGCAUAAGCAGAGUGAUAAAUGCUUAUUUUCUUCCCUUAAACUUGUUUUAUUUGGUAGCUUUUCACAGGCCCAAAUAUUGUAGUUACUGUACUGUAUUGCCAUGGCUAUGAGUGUCAAAGUUUGGACAGUGUCCAGUUAUUGGCGUCACAUCGUCUGACUCAGUUGGCCUUUUGCACUGUUACACACGUACACAUCUAUGGUAUCAAAGGAGAUUGGCAGGGUCCAAGUGUGGCACCAUAAACUGAUAGCUCAAACUUAAACGGCGAACCUUUGGCACUUUUGCAACAAGUUAAACAAGUCAUGGAGACAAUUUCAAAAUAACUGACCAUUAUUUUUUUUUCCCAAAGAGGGCCUGUAGUGAGUCAUCCUCUGGUUGUCCUUUGUAGCUCAAACGUAAAGAGCAAGACUUGCUCUUUCAGUCAUUAUAGUUUCUUGCUCCUAGAGAACCACAGGUUAUUGAUUUUUAGACGACUGUAAAAUGUAAAAGAAAAAAAAAAACUUUGGCAUGUGUAUUUUUUUGUCCCAGGAACAGUAUGUUUUUAAAAUGUGGCACUAAUGUGAAAAACAGAAAGAUGAAUGAGACGCAAUCACAUGUAAAGGUAUUAUUCAUGUGUUCCUCAACCAACAUCUUUUCAUCUCUUGCUCGAUCUCGACUUUCAUCUUAUUGUGAUGUAAAUAUUAAAGAAUUUUGUAAAGAAGACUACUA